UUUUUUCGUUUUCUUUCUAGUCAAUUUUCUAGUUAUUAAAUGAUUACUGAACAAUUAAAAUUGGUAAAAAUUCAUGAAAAUACUCAUUUAAUCGAUUCAUGUAUACAAAUACUCAACGAAGAAUGGCCCAGAGAAUCUGGUAAUCGUAUGAAAACAAUGAAACGUUCAUCGGAUAAUUUUCCAAUUUGUUUGGCAUUGAUUAAUGGCCACGAAAAAGUGCUUGGAUUUGUUAAAUUAACCAGUGAAAAACCAUUUAAUCCGGUAAUCUUUGUUGAAUCAUUGGUAGUACGAAAAGACUGUCGUGGUAAAGGAAUCGGCCGAUUUAUCAUGGAACAAGUAGAACGGAUUGGUAAAGAAUUAAAUUUCACCAAAAUACAUCUAACAACCAUUGAUCAGCAAGGUUUCUAUUGUAAAUUAGGAUAUUACAAUGUAUCACCAAAAAUGAAUAUCUGUAUUAAUCAUAAUGGAAAUAAUAAAAUCUUAAUGUGUAAAAAUAUCUGAAUCAAACGAAAUUGAAAAAAAUGAAUAAAUAAAUCAU